AAAAUAAGCCCAACAAAUUUUACAACCAACGGGACUACAAGCUUCUUCGAGUAAUCUGCCUGUUGAUUAGGUUGAUGUCUCGCAAAGACUCUGCUCAUAAAGAGUUAUUGAUUAAAAAUGUCAGCUUCGCCAUUGACUACACAGGAACAAGCAUGUAUCAGUAUGAAGUAUCUUAGUAAAAUGUGUUUGAAAUACCAAGAAACAUGCGCUUGGUAUCGAAAGUGGGUGGUCGAAAAUCCUGACGUGGUUUCUCAAGUGGAAAAGACAUUUCGUGUGCUUUCAUACUUCAUAACGGGUUUUACAGAUGAUGGUCAAAUUCUAUCAGAAUUUGUAUAUGCUUUGUCUAAUCUCUUGGUAUUCUUUAAUGAUAACAUCUUACGGCGAGCCAGUGCCAAUCUACAACCAAAGAUAAGUUUAUCACAGGAUCGAUUAAGACGCUUGUUAACUAUCCUUGACCAUGUCUCCGUUUUCUUUGAGCUGGCCUCAAAGCAGUUUUGGGGUGAGUCAGGGAAGUGGACUGUCAUCGCUGCUAUUCAACUGCUUCGAGCAAUAUUCCGGCUUGUUCUUCUACGCCGUCUGAAAGCAGGCAUGCAAUCCUCGCCUCCCAUUCCAACGUUGAACCGCAAGAACCUCCCACCUGUCCAGAUAGAAUCUUCCACCGAUACAGAAGGGGAAGGCGAUCACGCAAGGGUGCCAUUCUCUCUCGGAGCAGUCCAGCCGCAACCUCUGACCUUUGAGGGCCGAAGGUCAAGAAGAGUCGUCAGGUCCUUGCAUGCAACUCCAGAUAUGGCCCUCAGAACAUGGAAGUUACCGCAAACUGAGCAACCCUUCAGGAUAGAGGAGGAUCUUGGCAUGACAGAACUUGCAGGGAUGUCAUUGAUGGGUGAAACUCUCUACAUUUCCAGACCUUUGAUUCACUUAUCCAGUCUCUUUGUUUGGGGAUGGUCGUCAUGGAAACCGUGGUUGCUGUCGAUAACAGCAGACAUUGUUAGCCUAGAGCUGAUGCAGAGAGAUGAGAAGUCAAAGUUCACCUCUAAAGAGAAAUCAGAACUCUACAACCGAAAACUCAUGCUAUUGUUCUACCUCUUAAGAUCCCCUUGCUACAACAAAUUGACCAGGAGAAGGCUCGAAAGUUUGUUGAAGUCCGUCGGAGGAACAGUCCCUUUGGCAAGCAUGCUAACAAAGCCCAUUUUAGAGUACCUACCCAUUUGGCAAAAGAUCUACUCUUAUAACUGGGGCAACUAAGGUCCGUACUAUUCACUCGCCAAAGGGUUCAACUGGGGGAAGCUAGGGUCCUUCUGCUUGUUUCUACUGUUCACUUGCAGGAGGUCUCAACUGGGGCAUCUAAGGUCCUUCUGUGCUUCUGUUUGUACUGUUUCCUUGCAGAAGGACUCAACUGGGGCAGCUAAGGUCCUUCUGCAGGUCUGUCACUACUGUUCAUUCGCACAAGGUCUCAACAGGACGGCUUAGCUCCUUCAUUGUUUUUGUACUGUCCUAAGUGGCACAAAGGUGAAAAGUCUUGGAGCAAGCAGUAAAACACAAAGGACUUGCUCAACCAAGCUAUAACGUAAGGAUAAGCGUUGUUAACUGCCAUGAUUUAUUGCCUAACUUUUUUUAAUUUCCCCCAAUGAAAUAUUAAUCAAAUAUAUGAGCCUAUGGAACAUCAAUUAAAAGAAAGCUGUGAGAAAUUCAAAAGGGGACAAGAGGUGUUCCGUAAUCAGUGCUGAUCUGGGAUGGUCUGGGAGUGAUGGUUACAUGUAGAAGACUGGCCAACCAGAAGUAAGCUGUAUUUUCACCCUGAACACACAAGUGUAAUACAGGAUGGUUGUUAAAGGACAAGUCCACUCCAACAAAAAGUUGAUUUGAAUAAAAGGAGAAAAAUCCAACAAGCAAAACUCUGAA